AUGGCGGUUCUGUCUCGCUACCUGCCCUUCUCCGGGGCGACUACUACGCUGCAAGCAGUGACAUAUCUCCUCGGCAUCUCUCUUUUCUCGAUUUCCUUUCUCGUCUUUCUCAACAGCAGCGUAUCGUUUGUCAUUACCGACUUAAUUGGCGUCAAGGAUGGCGUCGGCGACAUCGUCGGCACUCUCGGCUUCGUCGACGAGCUUGUUGCGCUCGUCGCAUGUCCGGUUUGGGGAUUGAUCUCGGAUCGGCUCGGCGUAAGAUGGGUGGCCGUCAUUGGAUAUGCCGUCAUUGGCGCUGCCUUGAUGCUGUUCGUCCAGGCGCGCAAUGUGUAUCCUCAGCUUCUUCUGGCGCGCAUCUUCUUUGCCAUCGGCGCGACUGCCGCCGCCACGAUGGUAACGGCUAUUUUGCCGUCUCUGACAGACGAUAACGACAAGACCGACAGCUCACCGAAUGUUGCGAAGCCCGUCCACAAUCCCCGAAACAGCGUCGCAAUGUCGCUCGAGUCCGACAUGACCAUCACCCCGGCACGCUUUCACGGAAUCGGCGGAAACGGACAGGCGGCGGGCGAUGUAGACGAGGCGAAAGCUGGAAAGCCAUCGGCUCUCGCGGGCUACGUUGGGGUCUUUACGGGAUGCGGCGCGCUGGUUGCGCUGUCCCUAUUCCUCCCGCUUCCAGCUCGCUUCGGCCAGAUCGAGGGUAAGCCACAGAGCGAAGCUGUCGCGGACAGCUUUUACGUUGUGGGAGCCGUUGCGUUCGUCGUGGCCAUUUUUGUCUUUUUCGGGUUGAGAGACCUGAAAGGCGAGGAGGGUAAGGGCUGGAGCGUUCUGCUCGGAUUGAAGAAGACUGGUAGCUCCGAAGACGACACCGACGAGCCCGGAUCGGGCCACCCACACCGGCCGAAGGUUCUGCCAUACUUUCGUCUGCUCCGAGACUCUAUCACUCUUGGGUUUACAGAUUCCCAGAUCGCCCUGGGGUAUUUGGGCGGCUUCGUUGCCCGCGCAUCCACUGUCGCCAUCUCCCUCUUCCUUCCUUUGUACAUCAACACCUUCUUCAUUGGUAACGGGUACUGCAAGGGAAACCCAAACGACCCUAAUGAAGAAUUGAAGAAGGAGUGCAGAUCUGCCUACAUUCUUGCAUCGACAUUGUCGGGCGUGGCUCAGCUCUUCGGCCUGAUUGCUGCGCCUGCCUUCGGCUACCUGAACAGAAAAAGGGGCCGCUUCAACUUUCCUAUCAUAAUCGCGACUGCCCUCGGAAUCGUCGGCUACAUUGCCUUCCCUCAGUUACCUAGCCCGGAGUUCAAGGAUGUUGACGGCAGAGGUGGUAGCCCAUUUGUGUUCCUUCUGGUCAUUCUCAUCGGUAUCAGUCAGAUCGGCGCCAUUGUCUGCAGCUUGGGCUCCCUCGGCCGUGGUGUUCUUACCGCAGACAUCCCCAAAUCCCAGCAAAUUGACACGGUCGAGGACUCGGCGGAGGCCAUGGAAGCCUCAACGGAAGCUGCGCCUCUGCUGCAGCAUAAUGCCAGCGUGGACGCAGUGUCGCGAGUGCGACUGAAGGGCUCCAUCGCUGGCAUGUACUCCUGGUUCGGCGGAGCAGCGAUCCUGCUGCUCACGAAGCUGGGAGGCUUCAUGUUUGAUAAUGUGUCUAACGGCGCGCCGUUUUACAUGAUGGCGUCAUUUAACGCCAUUCUUCUCAUUGCCAGUUUGGGCAUUGAUGCGGGUCGUCUUUACAGAGACCGCCAGUAA